AUGCGGUGCUCUCUUCUUUUCGCAUAUGCAUCCGCAUCCGUAGCAAGUGUAAUUAGUACAAGGGCCGAAGAUGCUGCUAUCAAGUAUUCUACCUUAGUUUCUGAUUCAUUCAUUCAAAGGGGAGUGCCCAAGACGGCCCAAUAUGCUCAAGCAGUCUUCUACCGAGGUGUUGAAUUGGCAUACAAUGCCACCGGGAACGCAACAUACAUUAAUUGGCUAAAAUCACAAAUGGAUACUGCUGUAUCUGCAAAUGGAUCAAUUCUCGGUUAUCCAUCCUACCCAGCUUCCCUUGAUGACAUUCGAAUUGGAACCAUCAUCCUCGAUACAUGGGCUCGAACCAACGAAACAAGAUAUAAAGUUGCCGCCGACAGAUUACGUCAACAGUUUAACUACAAUCCACGAACUGCAUCUGGAGGAUUCUGGCAUCGUGCACCUACAUACCCGAAUCAAAUGUGGUUGGAUGGUAUCUUCAUGGCUGAUGUCUUUUAUGCUCAAUGGACAUCCUACUUUGAUGCCGCAAAUGUUACUGCUUGGGAUGAUAUCCUAUUGCAAUAUUCGCUUAUCGAAGAACAUUGUCGCAAUCAUACCACAAAUCUUAUCGUUCAUGGCUAUGACGAGAGUAAAACUCAAGUAUGGGCUGAUCCUAUAACAGGAGCAUCACCUAAUGUAUGGGAUCGAGCAUUAGGAUGGUAUUUAAUGGCUCUCGUCGAUGUUCUCGAUUACUUCCCCGAAUCACAUGAAGGACAUGCAAAGCUUCUUGAUUGGUUCAUUACUGCAUCAGCAGGUGUAGCUGCUGCUCAGGAUACAACAGGUGGUUGGUGGUUAGUAAUGAAUGAACCAUAUCCAGGAAAACCACGAAAUUAUAUCGAGUCUAGUGGUUCAGCGAUGUUCGUCUAUGCGAUUUUGAAGGGUGUUAGAAAGGGAUAUCUUGGAAGUGAAUAUAUUGCGCCAAUGAAGAAGGGUUAUGAAUAUCUUGCGGAAACUUUCGUCGCCUUCAAUGGAACGAAUGGUACUGUUAAUUGGGAGGGAACAGUUUUGGUGGGAAGUUUGGGAUCGAAUGCUACAUUUGAGUACUAUACCUCGAUUGCCAUUGAUGAGAAUGAUUUGAAGGGUGCUGGACCUUUUGUUUACGCUAGUGUGGAGUAUGAGCAAUUGGCAGCAUAG